UUUUUUAAAUAAAUAAAUAAAUCAACAGAUGAGGGAGUUAGACUGCUGGAGGACUGAGUAGUGAGAAUAAUUCGUCGUAACGCGGUGAAGCAGGGGCUGCCGGGUCCCGGGGAGCAGCGGAGGACGUGGACCAAUGACGAGCUGAGCCGCUCCGCCUGUUUCCUGCCGCUGGAGACCCGCUUCUGCAGCCCCGGUACCCGCAGCUGGCCGCCCGGGAACCGACACCAUGAGGCUGAGCUUCACUCUGUUCAUCCUCCUCUCGCUGCACGGCUGGACCCUACACCACAUCCAUGGCCACAAGUCCGAAGGAGCCUUAACUGUGGUGGAGAGCACAGACGGAGGAGACGAGGAGGAGGAGGAGGAGGCCACUGUUGGUGAUGAAGAUGAAGGACACUUGGAGGUGGUCCAGCCCACCGAGCUGUGGCAGACCCUCAAACCAGGCCAGGCGGUCCCUGCUGGUUCUCACGUCAGGCUGAACCUGCAGACAGGGGAGAGGGAGGUCAGACUGGGGGAGGAGCAGCUCAAAUACUGGAGCCAGGAGCACCGGGAGGAGCAGGAGGCGCUCUCCUCCUUCAGUCCAGACGAGCUGAAACGAGCCAUGAAGAAGAUCAAGGCGGACUCCAUCAGUGCAGAGCAGCAGGCCUCGGCGGGGUCCAGGUUCCGCCCCCUGGAGGAGCUGAAGAAGGACAUGGCCGAGCUGGACCUGCUGGUGGAGACGGACGUGCAGAUCAUGAAGCGACUGCUGGAGCAGCUGAACAACAGCAACGCCAGCCCCGAGCAGAGGGUCGGCGUCCUGCAGGAGCUGGAGUACCUGGUUCAUCAGGUGGAUAACGCUCAGACGCUGUGCGCCAUGGGGGGUCUGCAGCUGGUCCUGGGGGGUCUGAACAGCUCCGACUUCAGAGUCCAGGAGAACUCGGCCUUGGUGCUGGGAUCAGCUCUGUCCAGUAACCCGGCGGUUCAGGUGCAGGCCGUGGAGAACGGCGCUCUGCAGACUCUGCUCACUGCUCUGGCCACGGCUCAGCCGCUCCACGUGAGGAAGAAGGUGCUGUUUGCCGUGGCCUCCCUGCUGCGUCACUUCCCCCUGGCGCAGCAGCACUUCCUGUCGCGCGGCGGGCUGCAGCUGCUGGCGGCGCUGUUCCGGCAGGACGGCGGCGGAGUCCUGCGGACGCGGAUCGCCACCAUGCUGUACGACCUGAUCAGCGAGAAGGAGCUGCUGUCUCAGAGGGGUCUGGAAGCCUUCCUGGACUCCGCCCACCAGGAGCGCCUCCGUCAGUACUCCAGAGUGUCGCUGCAGGCGGAGCUGCUGGAGGACGGCUGGUGUCUGCUGGUCCCUCAGCUGCUGGACUCCACCGAGCACGACUACCGCGAGAAGGCUCUGCGGACUCUCCUGGCCAUGGCUCCGGUCUGUCUUCAGGAGUUCCGCUCCCACGGCUCCCUGCUGGACUCGCUGGUCUCCCUCCGGGACCAGUACCAGGACCUGGUCCAGUCCGAGAUGAUCCUGGGGGAGGAGAACAGCUACUUCCUGGAGAUGGUGGAGCUCAUCGACGCUCUGCACGUCAAAAUGAAAUGAACUCCACUGGAGCUGGACCGGGGGACCAGUGCAGGGACUCGUGACGGAGCCUGAACACAUCCUGACACUCAGACUCGGCUCGGAAUGGAUGAAAUAAAUUAUUGAAGAA